GCUCGCAAGUUCGCGAUGUCCCGACCGCCGCCUCCCAGAGCCGCCUCGGCCUCCCCGACCCGGCCCGCCACGAUCCUGGGCACCAUGGAGAUGGGGCGCCGUAUGGACGCGACCGCCAGCGCCGCGUCCGUGCGCGCCUUCCUGGAGCGCGGCCACACUGAGCUGGACACGGCCUUCAUGUACUCCGAUGGCCAGUCCGAGAGCAUCCUAGGCGGCCUGGGGCUCGGGCUGGGCCACGGUGACUGCAGAGUGAAAAUUGCCAUGAAGGCCAACCCUUGGGAUGGGAAGUCACUGAAGGCUGACAGUCCUCUGUCCCAGCUGGAGACAUUGCUGAAGUGGCUGCAGUGUCCCCGAGUGGACCUGUUCUACUUACAUGCACUUGACCACGGCACCCCUGUGGAGGAGACCUUACAUGCCUGCCACCAGCUACACCAGGAGGGCAAGUUUGUGGAGCUUGGCCUCUCCAACUAUGCCUCCUGGGAGGUGGUCGAGAUCUAUACCCUCUGCAAGAAGAAUGGCUGGAUCCUGCCAACCGUGUACCAGGGCAUGUACAACGCCACCACACGGCAGGUGGAAACAGAGCUGCUCCCCUGCCUCAAACACUUUGGAUUGAGAUUCUAUGCCUACAACCCUUUGGCUGGGGGGCUGCUGACCGGCAAGUACAAGUACGAGGACAAGGACAGGAAGCAGCCCGAGGGCCACUUCUUUGGGAACUCCUGGGCCGAGACGUACAGGAACCGCUUCUGGAAGGUGCACCACUUCGAGGCCAUCGCCCUGGUGGAGAAGUCCCUGCAGGCCACCUAUGGCCCCAGCGCGCCCAGCAUGACCUCCGCCGCCCUGCGGUGGAUGUACCACCACUCAAAGCUGCAGGGCGCCCAUGGGGACGCGGUCAUCAUUGGCAUGUCCAGCCUGGAGCAGCUGCAACAGAACCUGGCUGCAGCUGAGGAAGGACACCUGGAACCAGCUGUGGUGGACACGUUUGACCAAGCCUGGCACCUGGUUGCCCACGAGUGUCCCAACUACUUCUGCUAGUCAUCAGUGU